GCAUUUAACACACCAUGCUCAUCACCAUCAUGCUCACCAUCAUCAUUUGCAGCACCUAAUGCGUGCCUCUUCGCAAUCACCAUUUCAUCAUGCUGCCCACCAUUCUACAUUGGCAGCAGCAUUAACACCACUCUCUCAACAUUCACACGAUGAGUCUGAGGCCGAUGAUACGGCCAUAGAUGUGGAAAAUGAAGAUGAGGAACAACAGCAACAACAACAACAGCAACAGAACUCUCAACAACAGCAAAAUGCUAAUGUAGAGGAAAUGAUGACGGGAAAGUUUUCUCAGACAAAUGGUCACUCUACUACUCCUACCGCUCAGAGCGCACAGACAACUGAAUUGCUUAUACCAAAAACUCAGCAUCAGCUGGCUUUGGAAAGACAGGUUAAUGGUGUGCAUAAAGCCUCAAUGGGAGGAAUAGCUGGAGGAGGUGAAGAAGGAAAACUGAAUGGCAAUUUGAAUCAUAACAAUAUGGCAGAACAAAUAAAAAAUCAUAAAAUUUAUUGAGAACACAAAAUGUGGUCAUAAAAAAAGAAAUAGUUAUGAAAGUCAUACACUGUAAAAACUAUUAGGAAAUAAAUUUUAAAGUAAUAAAUUUUAAUAUUAAAAAAAUCCAAAAAAGGAAUUGGUUUCAUAAAAAACGAAAAAAAUAUCACAAAAAUAUUAUCACAUAUUGUAAAAAAUCCUAAAAAAUUUAUAAAAAAAAUAAAAAAAUCAACCAUAUAAUUGUUCCUAUAUAAUUUCUGUAAAUAAACUUCAACUAUUUAGUCCCCUUAAGUCAAUGAUGUAAAAAUAUUAUUAAAAAAAAAAAGAAAAAUUAUCAAAAACUUACGAAACUUUUGUAUAUGUCUAAUUGCUCAAUAUUUAGUAUGUUAAAUAUAAAAUACAAAACAUGUAAAUUUUUACAAAAAAAAAAACUAUAUAAAAUUAAUUUUAA